CAGUUCCAUUGUUUGUUAAAUGCUGGUGAUGAACUGUACAUAUGGGAAUGUCGAAAUCGAGAAUGGGUGAUAAAAGGGAAUUAUGCAGUCAGGCGAGGAUUAAGGCAUUAUAUCGAUUAUGAAUAUUGCCCGUUAAGCAGAUACCAACCAUUUAUUUAUUGGUCCAAUGAAGACCACCAAUGCCAAAUAGUGAAGUCUUUGUGUUCGGAAGAAGGCCAAGUACAUUAUGAUAAUGGCACAACUACCAGUGACAAAGGAUGCCGAUGUGAUUAUAUAAGAGGUUAUGACUUUCUUGUCCCUGCAAAAAAUAAAUGUUUCUGUGUGCCAUCUGAAGAAGAUUGUAGUUGUCUACAAAAGUCAUGCAUGGAUAUCCAUAGACAAAAUGCAGAUAAUAAUUGUGUCAAAUGGAAAAUAAAAGAAACAAACACAGUUUCAAUGGCAAUACAUAAGAGAAAAGACAUUAAAGAAGAAUAUAAUUCAACACAACAGAUUUCCAGGUUUAGAAAAACAAUACAUAUAAAAUCAGAUGGAAGAUUAUUUUUUGUGAUGAUGGUGGUACUUAUUAUUGUUACUAUCGUGUUUGGUCUAAUGGUAAUUGGUAGGGUUUCAUUUUGUCGACUAGAAAUAAAAGGAGAAGAAAGUGCCGGUUGUAUUCCAAAGGAAAGAAUUUCUAACAAAUAAGAGUACAUGACAGGUAUCAAAAAGAGAGAUAUCAUUAUUCUGCAGAGUGACGAGGACUACUUCAAUGUGACAGCCAUCUAUAAGGGUCACCUUACAUUUAUCGCAAACGAUUUAGGUUACAACUAUUGAAUCAUUCAAGGAUGUCUUUCCAUCGACGGACCAGAUUCCAUUACAAAAAUUUAUCAAACAUUGUAUUUUUUUUUUAUGUUUCUGGAAUGUCUUUUCCUUCCAAAGUUAAAAUGUAUGGUCUGAUUGAAAAAUUGAAAAAGAAAUAAACUCUGUACUUAACUUGCCUCAUAAAUACAUUUUGUACCUAUCACUUAAACUGUAUGUGCUUGUGAACUUUCAAAUCUCGAAUCUUUAGAAUUUGAUUUGGACUACUCUAAUUAUGAAAACGAAAAGACAAUUCGAGAGUCCUACAGAGAAUAGAAACAUUUAAUGUAAACUGAUUUUGGAGAUUAUUAAAGAGUGAGUGAAAUAUCUGUAUUGUUACAAUUCAAAUAAAAGAACAGAGUUCCAAUGUCCCCCGCGUUGCACAAAUUUUAUCUGUCCAAGGUCCAAAUGCAAUAACUAAAAAAAAAACUUUUUUUGUUCUUUAAAACUUUUUAUAUUAUAGAGAAAUAAAGGCUUGAGAGCAAAUGCAAUUUUCGAGACACUGUUGAUAUAAACCUAUGAUAUAAGUUUCAUAAAAAUCUGGCAAGAAUUGUACACAUGAUAGCCCUAACAAUGCAAUUUUCCAUAUUAUCAAUAUUUCCAAGGGGCAUGAUUCUUUUAAAAAAAAUUCAUCGGCACUAAUUUCGAACUCGCCCAUGACAUUGCUGAUACAAAGCUAUGAUAUAAGUUCACAAAAAUCUGGUAAGAAUUGUACACAUUCUCAUGGGAGCGCUCACAAUGCAAUUUUCCAUAUAAUUGAUAUUUCCAAGGGGCAUAACUCUUUUAAAAAUAAUUCAUCGGCACUGAUUUUCGAACUUGUCCGAGACAUUGUUAAUUUAAAUCUAUGACUUGAGUUUCAUAAAAAUCUAGCAAGAAUUGUACACAUGAGAGCUAACGAUGUAAGUUUCCAUAUAAUUAAUGUCUCCAAGGGGCAUAACUCUUAAAAAUAAUUGAUAGGCACUGAUUUUCAAACCCGUCCAAGAGAUUGCUGAUAUAAACCUACAAUAUAAGUUUCAUAAAAUCUGGCAAGAAUUGUACAAAUGAGAGCGCUUAAUAUUAACGAUGCAAUUUCCCAUAUAAUUAAUGUUUCCAAGGGGCAUAAUUCUUUUUAAAAUCGUUCAUUGGCACUGAUUUUCGAACUCCUCCGAGACAUUGCUGAUAUAAAGCUAUGAUAUAAGUUGCAUAAAAAAUCUGGCAAGAAUUUUAUACGUGAGAGCGCUAACAAAACCGGACGGACAGACCCAAGAACGGACGCCCGGUAUUUCUAUGUUCCCUGCAAAGCGUUGCGCGGGGGACAAAAAAUAUACUUAAAAGUGACAAUGAAGCUUUAUUAUCAUAUCCAAUUCCGUCAUAAAGUUAAUUUGCAAUUCAUAUCUGAUCAGUUUAUGUAAUAUUGAAAAAACACCUUAAAUGUUAAAAAAAAAAAAAAUCAAAAAAAAUCCACAUGGUUGAAUAGAAAAGAAACAAUGGUACGAUGAAUAGAAUAACAUUCGGUGAAUAGCAGAGAAAGAGAUUUAUGAAGAAAAUUUAAUAUUUUUGUUAAGUGUGCACAUCUAUUUGUUAAAUAUUAUACAAUAAACCACUUAUGAAUUAUAAUAAAUGAAUUAGAGUUUAAAGACAUAAGUAGCAAUGUCAUGACUUGACUAAAUUCAAUAGAUAAGUUUAAACAGAAAAUACUUUGAGAAGAAAAAUAAACUAGCAACUUUAAUGCAACUCCUUAUAAGAGAAGGGAACAAGCGUUCAGUUUAAAUAAGCUUCAUGAAUCAUGAAUAUACUCAGUCUAUUACAAUAUGAAUCCAUGACAGAUAUCAAUAUUGACUGCUGUCACUCAAAUGUCCACUGCUGAACUUCUGGAACGAUCACACAUGUCUUUAAAGGUUGUGAAUGGUGCAAGAAAUGCAAGAUAUUGUGCGUUGUCCGUAGUCAUCUAAAACACAGGAGUAUAGAACGAGACAAUCAACGUUUUCUCUAUCAAUGUUAAUGUGCUUAUAAUCUGUUUCAGUAGUUGGUGUAGUUGUUGGUUCAGUGUCAUUUAGGCAUACCUGUCCUUUUAUUUGUCUUUUUAAAUUGGAUGAUGUCAUGUUUUCCGUUCUCUUACAUUAGUCAUCUCACUCACGUUGUGAAAGUUUUUUUAAUUGAAAUGUAGGUUAGUUAGUCGGUGUAAUACGAGGACAAAAAGACACCCAAUAAAAGAUAACAAAUAUCAAUUCUACUAUUAAGCGUCGAUAAGGAGACUCCAAUCUGACAUUAGUUUUGGUAAUACAUCAAGGCUUUUAACUGGACGUAAAUAAGAGAAUAACAAUCUUUUACAUCAAUUUGAGAUUGUGACGUCAGAUUGACUGCGAUUUGAUGAACGGACGUCUAUUAGAGACAGGACGUUGAUCUGAGUCGAACAAAUAUAAUGUUUCCCUUAAAAAAAAAUAAUAUCAGAUAAAUUUUCUUAUCCUACCUUUUAUUUAGAUGUCGCAAAUAAAACUUAAAUAAUAAAACAUAUAAUAUUUUAAAAAAUGAAAUUUUUUUUAAAAACUCAUCAACGCUGAUAAUUAAAAACGUGUUCUAUUUACAUGUUACUCGACAUUGACGUUUGAAUGUACAAAUUUGGAAAAAAAUAAUAAAAUUUCAAAGCAACCAAAUAAUAUGUUUAUUUGUCUCUGUAUCAAUGUCGAUUUUAAAGACAUGUUUGUGUUAUAAUCAAACAAAAAACAAUAUUUUACGAAGUUAAAGAACACUAAAAACCAAGAAGAUGUACCAAAAUGGUAGAAAAAGAUAUGGUCAUCUCUUUUAAAGGUAUUACAUUUUUCAACAGCAAGGGCUACAUGCGUGGUAUAUCACCUCAUUUGUAUGGUUCUUUUAUACGAAAGUGUAACGAUUUUUAAUACUAACUGGGAUCUCACAAGUACACCAAUUUCAAUUAGUUUAAUUUUGCGGCACUAUUCACCAAACAGCCGUGGCUUCCUGUAGUAGAUUUCAAAAUUAUGUCCAAGGUUAUCCUGUUGAUAGAUCCACUGAGUGGACCUUUAUUUAUAUCAAUUACUUUUACGAAAUAUGAUGUGGAGGUUUGGGAAAAAGCAAAACUUGUUUACUCCAAAAACAAAUAAGUCAGGCUAUCUUGACCAUGUGUUGUUUGCUGUUGUUUGUCUUUGUAAAUCUGUUUUCUCUCGGAAUAGCGUGUAAGUGGAUGGGUGUGGUCUGUUGUACUGACCACUUUGUUUGGUAUCUCCAAGUAUCCUUGUUAUGUAUUAUCCGAAGUACAACCGAACUAGAGCAUGGCAUACUUAAUAAACUCUGUCUCUUGAUUAUUAUGUGUCGUUGAGUCGUUGAUGUGUUUACCCUCCAUACUAUUUCAUUGAUAAAGAGCAUACUUUUAAUGAUGACCAAAUCUUUCUUAGGUUGUUUUAACCGCGUAUUGGUACAUUUGUACAUUUUCUGUAAGUUUUGUUCAAAUUCGUUUACUAUGAAGCGCAAGCUCAUAUCGCGAGGUGCCGUUUUUUACUUUAAAUGUUUUGAAAUUAUUAUGCUUGAACAAACUCUGAAUAAUCUGAUCGACUAUUACGUGAAAGGAAGUUUUUUUUUUUACAAAGUUCACAACAUAUUAGGAUUUUUGAAAAUUUAACCGGAAAUUCUUAAUCCAAUUAUACAUUAUAUAGUCCGUACUGUUGAAAGAAAAGCAGAAAACCAUUACCAGCAUAAUGCUUUGCCGAAAUGGAUUUAGUUACAAAGUCGUUAUUGUUGUUGUUUACUGUUUACACGUAUCUGUCUAUUUGGAUAUAAUUACUGCUCUUCAUCCAAAUGAAUCUGGGGUGUGCAGUAACAGAAAAAACGGCUCAAAUUGGUUGACAUGCUGUCAGGGGUAUUUGUAUGAACAGGCAGAUGACAGAUGUACAGUGUGUCCUGUAGGGACUUUUGGAGAUAAUUGUAAAGACAAUUGUCCACCUAACUACUAUGGUAUUAUGUGUAACAAAGCCUGUAAUUGUAUGGAUGGAGAAAGAUGUGACAAAGCCAGUGGAUGUGUUUCUGUUCAACCACAAGAGUGUCAGAGUGGAAAAUACCUAGCCAAUUGCAGCGAUGAAUGCCAGAGUAACUUUCAAGAUAUAAGAUGUCAGUCUAAUUGCAACUGUACAUCAAAAGAUUUUUGCGAAAAGGUGAAAGCUUGUUUCAGCAAUGAGAACAUUGCAGACAUGGUGGUGAUGUUGCUAAUUGGAAUUAGCAGUGGAGUGUUUGUACUUUCAUUGAUUAUUGUUACAAAGUGCUUAAAAUUAAGGAUGACAAGAAACGUUGACAGACGAAGCUUUCAUUCAAUACCAUAUGACAGGAGAGAGGUUUCAUCAGAAUAUGUUGUUAUGGACAACAACGAAAGUUACCGAUUAUAUCCAUUAAUAAGUAUGACAGACAUUAACAUGGUACAAAAUGCUGAAUCUUCUUUAUAUGGUGUCAUAGACGAUACUUCGAUACAUACAAAUCAGCAUAAUUUUAAUGAAUAUAUUCCAGUAAAUGAAUAUCAAAAUACGUCUGCACUAAGUCAGACGUCAAACCAAAGCCUUUUAAAUGACGGACAAGGCAAUCUGCAUGUCUAUGACACCCCACAUCUUCAUGUACAUGACAUACAUAGAUGCAAUAGAUUGAAUGAUAUACCACGCCCUAAUCAAGUCCGAUCUCCUAAUGAAAAUGGCGCGUAUUCAUUACAAAGGUCGCAUGGUGGUCUCUACAGCUUUAACUUUCUGUAAACGCAUAUUGCUAGUUUGCAGUUCCAUUGAAACCUACAUCUGAUCGAUUUUCCUUUAAGAAGAAUUUUCCUUUUUUACGCAUUUGCAACAUUGUGAUUAUCCCAAAAAAUAAAUGUAACAUUUUAUCCAACUUUCAAACCGUGAAGAAGCAUAGAUAAUAACUAGUGUUGUAGGAGGAUGUGCGUUUUUUUUUUUGAUAUCACAUGCAACAUGCAUACACAUGUACUAUCUAGUUGUCUAUUGUCCAAUCUAUAAACUUCUUCUUUCUUGUCGACAGUAACAAAGAAUAUGAAAACAAAAAGAAUAAUUAGAAUAAUAUGUCUCCGAUAGUCAGAUAUCGCGGGCACAUUCCAAAGGUGGAAAAGUCAUUGAAAAACAAUUGUUGUGAUUCAAACAACAAUUAGUAUUUGAAAUGGAAAAUAAUAUAAGCAAUGUUCAUACCGGAGAUCACCCCUAUUUUUUUCUGGGUUCGUGUUGCUCAGUCUUUGGUUUUAUAUGUUGUGUUUCGUGUACUAUUGUUUGUUUGUCUUUUUCUUUUUACCCAUGGCGUUGUCAGUUAAUUUUCGACUUGUGAGUUUGAAUGUCCCUUUGGUAUCAUUCGCAUCUCUUUUCAUACAUACAUACAUAUUUACUUGCUGCAGUGAGUUCUACUGACCAAAAUAUUUUACAUACAUAAGGAUAAGGUACAAUUUGGGGCUAAAUUUGUCUUUAUAUACAAAAAGAAGAUGUGGUAUAAUUGCCUAUGAGACAAUUCUCCACAAGAGACCAAAUGACACAGAAAUAAACAACUAUAGGUCUUCAACAAUGAGCAAAGUCCAUACCGCAUAGUCAGCUAUAAAAACCCACGAAAUAACAAUUGUAAAACAAUUCAAACGAGAAAACUAACGGUCUAAUUUAUGUGUAAAAUAAUGAACGAAAAACAAAUAUGUAACACAGCAGCAAAUGACAACCACUGAAUUACUGGCUCCUGACUUGGGACAGGCACAUACAGAAUGUGGCGGAGUUAAACGAUUUUGUUGGCGCCAAACCCUCCCCUAACCUGGGACAGUGGUGUAACAGUACAACAUAAGAACAAACGAUCAAAAUCAGUUGAAAAAGGCUUUACUCAUCAGAUGGAUACAAAUAGAAAUACAUCUAACAAAAACACAGAGUGGACGUGGACGGGUACUUGUAAAUCCCAACAACAAAAAGACACUAAGAACAGAUCUGAGAGUACUCGCAGUUACUGAUAGCUAGUUCAAAGCCAAUAACAACUGAUAAAAACAAUCAUGCAUCUAAGACUAAAUUAUCAAUCAGUACACAUCCAAAAUCCAACGUAUUAAGUGUAAAGACGUCAUAAACAGUCAGAGAAAAACAUGACCUUGUGCAAUGCCAAGAUACAGAUAUCGACAGAAUGAAUGUACAUAUGUAUAUAACAAUAAUUAUUAUAUUUAGUUUGAUUAUAAUUUACUGAUGACUAAAUAAAUAUUAAUACCAAUAAAAACAAUAUUCACAGAUCUAAUUACAGUGUUGAAUUGGUAACCUUUUAGAAUAAGUUUAUUUAAAGGAUCGAUAAGUUUACCCGGAUCGUUUCUAAAUUUCUGGGCUCGGUAAACAACAUCUCCGUAAAAAUUAGGAUGUGCUAUCCCGUUUGAAUUAAGUUUUCUACAGGAACAAACAAACUUCAAAACCAAAUCUUUAUAUCUAUGGAAGAAUUCAGUGAAGGUUUUAAGUAAUUUGUGGUAACGAAAUCCCUGACUUCAUAAUGCAUUUUUUUUUCUUUUGUUGACAUUAUUGUUUGUUUUUAUAGUGAUUAAAAUUAUAACACAAUGUUGACUGCUGUACCCUUUUUUUUUACAUUUUUACCUUAUAUGUCUGUUUGUUUUGUUCACACAUUGUUGUCAAUAUAAUGGAAUUUUAUGCGACUGUCAUACAAGUGAGAGGUUUAGUUAGCUAUAAAACCAGUAUUAAUCCACCAUUUUCUACAUAAGGAAAUGCCUGUACCAAGUCAGGAAUAUGACAGUUGUUUUCCAUUCGUUUGAUGUGUUUGAGGUUUUGAUUUUGCCAUUUGAUAAGGGACUUUCCGUUUUGAAUUUUCCUUGGAGUUCGGUAUUUUUGUUAUUUUACUUUUUAGUCAAAGAGUGAAUUGUAUUACACAUUUUCACAAAUCAGAAUGAAAUGCUAUAUAUUGUAUCUUCUUUAAUAAAAGAUUGUUAUUUGA